AUGGCAUCGCUGCUUUCUCAACCGCGCUACAUCUACAAGAUUGUGCCUUCCACUUCACCAGUCCGCGAGCCAAUUCCUGAACGGCUCGCGGUAAGUGAACUAGACCAAGCUUCUAACUUCAUCCACCUCUCCAUGGCACAUCAGGUGGCAGACACAUUGAAAAAUUUUUUUAAGGAGGAACCACUUGUUUAUGUAUUGCGGAUUGAGUAUCACCGCGUGAUCCAAGAUAUCCGCUGGGAGUCCCCAGACGGAAGAGUGUCUAAUCCUCGACCCGGCGAGGGACUUUUCCCGCAUCUCUACAAUGGACUCAAACUGGGCAGAGAGGAGGUUGAGAGUGUCGCCAUCUGGCAGAAUGACGAGGGAUGGGACAAAGCUCUUGCUGCAGCGAAGCCGUGGCUCCUGUACUGA